UGAACUGAGAAGCAGGUCUUUUCAUCGUCUGAUGACCGGAUGGGGCGAGCCCGUUGUAAGAUGAGAAGAUGAUGGGGAUGGAAGGAAGGCAUAAUUGGAGGUUGACAAGUGUUGACUCUUCCAUUCUUUGCCUGCUCAUAUUACUUGUUCAAUCAAUUCCUGCACAACAAGAAGGUUUCAUAAGCAUAAAAUGCUGUGGUGGAAAAGGGCAAACAGAUAGCUCCUCAAUAACUUGGAUAUCAGAUGAUCAAUGGUAUCCAGAUGAAACAGGUUGCCAGAGCAUAGCCAGAGCAUCUCCCGAUAACUACACAACAGGCCACGAUAAAGUUAGAUAUUUCUACAUUGGUAACGCUGAGAAGAGAUGUUACAGCUUGCCAACAACUCCGGACCACGACUACUUGAUAAGAGGCACAUUCCCUUUCAGCAAC